UUCCAAAUUGUCCAUUUUUGUUUACAAGCUGAGGGACAAUUGGAGAGAAUUUACUGUAGUUCUGUGGAAAAAAAUGAGCCGUUCGUUUCUUUAUGCGCGUAAACUUGUAGUUUGCGUGUUUCACCCCGUGUUUGGUAAUGAAAGCGAAACGGAAAAAUAGCGCCAAGAAAUUAAAGUGAUCAUCGCACGUUUGAAUACGUAAACGAAUAGAGUUCGAAAUUCAAGGCAAAGCAAGUUUCUUGGACGCGGAAAAAGGAUAAAUCACGAUCAGUCAUUGCCGCGCUUCACUCAGUACAGUCAUCUUGACAUAGUACGAUUGAUCAUAUAUCUCCAAUCGUUGCACUCAGCAUGAACUGUGAAAGAUUAAUCACUUUGGUUGAGAAAAGAAGAAGUUUAUGGGAUCCUAAACAUUCUCAAUAUCAUAAUAGAGAAGUAUGUCGGAGGCUGUGGUCUGAGAUCGCCACUUUAUUGAAUACUACAAGUUCUGCCGUUAAAAUAAAAUGGCAACAUCUGAGGGAUACUCAUCGACGAGAAAUUGGAAGGAAUAACCGAUUUGUAGAAUCUGGAUUACAGAAUGAGUCAAAAUGGAAAUAUUUCGAUCUCAUGGGUUUUUUGCAGCAUUCGUAUUACUCGAGACGCUUGGUUCGAAAUAGUUUCGAAACCUCGCCACUAAACCAUACUAUAAAUGAAUCCGAGCAUGUGUCAGAUAAAGAAACUGAAUCGUGUGAAGAUAUCGAAAAGAAUGAAGAGGAUGACGAUGAGAUCAUUGAAGAAAUGCAAGUAUUUAAAAGACCGCAACAAAGGCCACAAGAGAUAAAACAUCCCAUUCAUGAGCUUUUUCAAUUGAGAGAAGAUAACAUUCAACACUUAAAAGGAUUAAUUGUAAGUGCUAACGAGGACAGGACGAUUGUGGACGACGAGGAUUAUUUCUUUGUCAUGAGUUUACUUCCCCAUUUACGGGCGAUACCACGACAAAAAAAAUUGCGAACAAGAAUCAAAAUACAACAGUUAAUAAUGGAAGAGACAUCUGAAUUGUGUACCGUUCCUUCACUUAGUCCUAGCGGCUCGGGUCGUAGCACCGAUUCAGGCGAAGGCAUUCAAAUGCUUCGUGAUAAAUACCCAUUUUUAGCAUAAAUUUCCUUUAUAUUAAGUAAAUGUAAUAUUGUAUGUAAUUUUAAGUCCGUUAAUAAAUUUGUUACAUCGGCAA